GUUCUGUCGCGCUGUCCGCGCGCACGUGCGUCGUCGCAUCUUACGAUCUCUCUUAUCGUCGUUCGAUUUGCGCGUGUCGGAGAGAUGCGAGAUUUUGCGUGCGAAUCGUAGUCUCGCGGAGUGAUUUCGAAAUCUGAAUCGCGAGUGUAUGCGGGUGUGUGUGUGUGUGAAAGAAGAUUGUGCGCGUUCAUCUUUCACGCAACCUUAAAAUAAUCUCGCGCUUUAACCUCGUGUGCGAAUACGAAUGCGUUGCUCUCGAAUGGAAAUCUCGAGAUUUUUUCCCUCUUGUCAUCGAAACUCGGCAGACACGAACAAAGACAACGCGAGGCCGAUAAUAGUGUCGAGUAGCAGUCACGGUUGAUCGAUCGGGAUCUGCUUUCCGAUCGUGUACCUCGGUUUUCAAUUUCCAUCUCUGUCACAGGGAGAAAGAUACUGUUGUAGACGGUAAAUCGAGUACGCGCUAAUCGGUCAACUGUCACCGAUAGCGCUUUCGAUCUCGAUUGCGAACCAAAGACUACGUGCGCCUGAAUCCAAAGGUCUCUACGCUCGACCGAGAGUCUCUCGUUUCCAGGAAAAAUCCGAGAGAUACAAGAGCCGCAGAUAAUAGCGCGUUGUCUUUCUUCUCACUCGGAAAGGAUUAUUCACCUCUCUGAAGUCGACCAUUGUCCGUGCAAUCAAAUCCAAGUCUCGCGCGAUCCAUCACUAUCUUCCGAUGAUAGGAUCUCCGAUCGAUCUACGCGUGCCAAAAGCACACGAAAGCAACGAGAGACGUCGCGCUAUCCAUCAAAGGAGUACCCUCGAGCCCGCGGGCUGAGAACGCUCUCUUAUCUCGAUAAUGGUUAUCGAAUAGACGAGAGCUCGGAGACUCUCGAGCCGAGCACGAGAGGAGGAGGGAGAGGAAGAGGACGAGAAUUAAGCGCGAGAAUCAUCGAGCCGAGCGGAGGGCGGUCGACCUCGAGAUAAGGGAGGACAGCAACGGGGAGGAGCUCGCCGAUUGUAAAUUAUAUUCACCCGCGACUGCGACGGAAAAAUCAGCCGAGCCGACGAAAUAAUUAUUGUGCGCGUUCCUCGUCGUUUUCUCCUUCUUUCGCAAAGAGAGGGAGAGAGAUAGAGAGACUAGGGAAGGUGGAUUAAUCGCGUCAUGCCGAUCGCGACGUGAGUUGAAUGCGAGGUCCACCACGAGGUCGUCGUCGAGGGGCGGAGAACGCGCCCGUGGCACAAGGUGAUCGCCAAGGUGUCGUCGCGGCGAUCCUCCAUCGCCGGACAGAAAGUGACAUAAGAGGAGAGGAAGGUGGCAGAGCGGGACCGUUCGUCUGGAUGCCAGUUCUCGAAGGUGGAGUGCGCAAAAGGGCCGUGCGCAAAAUGCGGAUGAGGAUCUGCGCCGCGACCAAGGAGUCCUACACGCUCCUCUCGAAGAAACGGAGGCAGCAGUUGGAGCAAUCUGUGUACGAGCCCGAGUCGCGGCGAUCCACCACCGUGGAAGAUGACAGACAAGGCUCCAAUUCGGAGAAAGUCAAAAGCACGACGCAAGAUCUGUUCGAGUUGCUUGAGCGAGUGCAAAGUUCACGUCUCGAUGAUCAACGCUGCGUUCUACCGUCAUACUUUUCUCAGACCCCGAGAGAUGACAGGACGACGUCGAGUCCCGGUGGUGGUGGUGCGCCCAGCAAUCACACUCCAGCGCUGUCACCGUCGCCGGUGGGCGACGCACCCUUGGGCAGGGCGCUCAUGGAAGCGGCUCUGCAGCAGCAGGCCACGACCGGCGCCCAACCGCCCUUAGUCGUCACGCCGUCCGGAUACUGGGUCGAUGGUACCGAUCAUCGACAUACCCUCGACUCGGCCGGCAGGGCGUUGCUGCCGGCGCAGCCCGCCUGGCAGCCCAGGAUAGACCAGGAUGAUACGGCCAAGUGCUAUCGUCGCUUCUUCGUCGGCAGGGAACACGUGAACUUCGUGGGAAGGGACGGUGAGAACGGCCCGGUCCUGGUCUCGGUGAAGGCCGAAACGGUCGCUGGACAGGAACAUUGGCGGGUGUUGCUUCGAUUGCGAGCGGGAUCGACGCACGACCUGGUCCCCGCCACGAAUCUCAGCCCGAAUCCUACACCGACGAAAAUGGUCAAGGCGAUCAACGAGUCUCUGAACGUGAGCCCGCUGAUGCCGGUCAUGUGUCCUGGCGCCGGUACUCUGAUCGCUCGAUACGACGAACAUGCUCUGGUCUCCAGGUUCAAGUUUGGCGUUCUACAUCAGCGAGCUGGCCAAGUCACCGAAGAGCAACUCUUUGGCAAUCGGCAAAUCACGCCAGCCUUUCAAGAGUUUCUCGAUUUGCUCGGCCAAAAAAUCGAUCUCAAGGAUCACAAGGGUUAUCGCGGUGGAUUGGACACUCGACAUGGCCAGACCGGCGAUUCGGCCGUGUACGAAGUAUUCCGAGGCCGAGAGGUGCUGUUUCAUGUGGCCUCGUUGUUACCGUACAGUCCAGGCGACUCACAGCAAUUGCAACGUAAACGGCACAUCGGUAACGACAUCAUCGCCAUCAUAUUCCAGGAGGAACCGACACCCUUCAGUCCGGACAUGAUUGCCAGCCACUUCUUGCACGCCUUUAUCGUCGUACAAGUCAUCGACCCCUGCACUCCUAAUACGAGGUACAAAGUCAGUGUGACAGCGCGUGAUGAUGUUCCCUGGUUCGGUCCAACCCUGCCGACACCUGCGGUCUUUCUCAGAGGUGUCGAGUUCAAGGAAUUCCUACUUACGAAACUCGUAAACGCCGAGAACGCUGCUUACAAAGCUGAGAAGUUUUCCAAGUUGGAGCUACGGACUAGAUCGGCCUUGUUGGAAUCCCUAACGGAGGAAUUACAGACUAAAACGAGCGAUUUUCUCGGCGGUCCGGUCACUCUAGGAAACUCGGGUUUGACUAUCUGUCCGGUGAGUCCAACGACGAGUGAUGUAUCCGCUUCAGGGAGCAGCGGUUCGCGAUUUAUUGACACCGUACGUAAAGCGUUGAUUUCGCGCGUGAGGAAUGCGUCGACGGAAAGUGUGCCGCAGCAACUAGCAAAGAAAGGUCAGACGGAACCCAGUCCACCGAGCAAUCGGCAAUCGACCACAAUAAAGGUAAGUGGCAGUAGCAAGCGCUCAGUGGAACCGUCCAGUCCUCUCGGCUCGCCGGAUUUGACACUGAGGAGGGAUUCAGAACGCGGUAGUCUCGGCAGUCAGGACAGCAGUUUAUCCAAUACCGACAAUCAAGACAGUAGUCUAGCGACAUUGCAACAAGACGAAUAUGAUCGUAGGGAAUCGCAACAAAGUGCCAGCGUUGUCUGUCUGGAUAGUGACACUACUAUAGUCGACAAGAGCCCGGUACCAACAUCAACAGCGACAGCGGUGCAACGACUAACUCACGAGAAUCUUCGCACGCAAGAGAAAACAGCGACGACAGAAGUGACGCAACGAGUGAUCUCGGAGAGCGACGACAGUUCGCUCAACAGCGAACUCGAGCUCGAUCAGGCUGUAUAUCCCGAUAGCGACACAGGUCUCGAAUCCAUGAGUUCCGCAGAGACUCACGUUACCGCCAGGUGUACGAGCAAGGAUGGGAUUGUGGAAAAUGAUACUCUGAGAAUGGAGGUCACUAGGCUUAAGUGUGACAAGCUCGAUUUAUUGCGACAGAAUGUGACAUGCCAAAAUGAACUGAAACGUCGUCGAGAAAAGGAACUGCAAUUAGAAUCCGAUUUGGCGGCGGCGUCCAAAGAGAUUCUACGGCUGCGAGCAAUGCUGAAAGAAUGUUCUACCAGCAUUCCGCUGGAUAACAAUAACCAGCAAACCUCCACUGUGUAGAAAGCUCGUAAGUGUGAACGCGUAUUAAGAUGCGAUUGCGAGAUGGAAAGAUCCUUGCUUUAAAAUACUGCAUAUGUCAUAGAUUCGACAAAUUAUCUUGCGCGAAAUAAAUUUCGUCUUUAUUAGGAAUCUGUCGCAACACCUAGCUUCACAUGCACGCUGUUUGUGUUACAUUACUUUCGCGCAUAGCCCGAUAUCGAGAUUGAUGAAAUGCCAAUAAUCUGAAAAAUAUUAAACGAAAGAUGUCUUUCCGACGCUUGACAAAUCUCGAUUAAACACCACGUACCUUCCAUUCAUCAGGAAUUGUUCAUCACUUCCAAAGGUCUACCGUUAGUGCUUUAUAAGAGCAUGUAGAGCAUCUAAAUAAUUUAGCGUAAAGAUUAAUUGUUUAAAUUAAGCUUUCUUUCUCUAGGUAAAAAUCGGUACAAGUUCUAUAAGUCAUAUUGGAAGUAAUAAGAUUAGUGGAAAUCUUGCAAAAGUUGUGUGUAGUGAAUCGUUCUUGAAACACUUGCAGUAUAAACUCAAGAUUCUUGGAGCUAUUGUUUGACUUGUAUAAGACGCAUAUGUGUAAUAUUUAUCUAUUAAUUUAUUAGUAGGUUUAAGUUAACCACUCGUAGUCAAUAUACAUGGACAAGGAACGGUAUGAAAUAUCUAAAAUAUUAACUGUUUUAGAAGUGCGCAAAUGCAAUAUUCUCGAUAUUUAGAAAAAUUAUGAGGAUCGAGAGAAGAGUUAAUCUGUAUAUCGAUUACGUGUUAGAAAACUAACGAUAUAUAAUUCCUUAUUCUUCCAGAGUGCGCAGAUUAUCAAAAACGAUUGCGAAAAAUUUCUUUCAAAUUUAGAUAAUGCGAGCUUACAUAAUCGGGAGAUCUUUUAUCGUCGCGAUUAUAGAAAUAAAAAUAUAUAUCGCUAGUUUGUUAACAGUAUUUGUCACGGUAGACUUGCCCGACACAUUUAUUCGUUUACUAAUUUCUUAGUAUUAGAUAUAAAGAAUAGUUUUAUAGAGGGUAUAACCUCUAUAAAUGAGGUUUCAUCCUUAGGAGAUAAUCGUCCUUAAAGCGCUAUCCCCGCAUGCUAAUUUUAGCAACACCUGGGGUUUCUAAUCAUUUUUAAACAAUUGCGCACAGCACCAAAUCAUUUAAGUAUAUGCAUCACAUUUUUACAAAGUAUAGAUAUUUUUUUUCUUUGUACACGUAAGCAAGAGUGUGCUCUCAUUCACCACUUAAGUUAAGUUAUUUUGUAUUUGCUUUUCAUUGACAAACAUCGAGUCUUGUUAUCUCUUACGACUAGUAUUAAUACGAUUCUUACCAUUAUUAUUAUUAUUAGUACUUUUAUUAACUUUGAUUAUGUUAUACUUUGUAUGAUCUUUGUAAAUAAUCGCGUUGAUAUAGGCAAACACUCAAAGGCGCUAAACAGACAAGCACAAAGAGGAGGAACAACGAUGUUCACUCACAUAUAAUACCAAAGUUUAAUGUAGUUAAAAAUUCACAAUUUUCUUUUUAUUUUUUUCCUCAUGCUCCUUAUCUUCCCACUUUUCAUAAUUGUUGCUGAAAAUUAAACACUAGUUUAUUUUAUAUAAUGUGCUUUCGUCUUAAAGAAAAAAAAAUAGAAAUGUCGUUUUUACUUAGAUACUUUGACGAGAUACCACUUUAUAUAUCACUGCCUAUACGCCUCGACAUUUCUCUUUCGAGAAUACAUCUAUUUUACUGCUUACAAAAAAUUGUACCAGUGACACUUCAAUACUGAAAAAUACGACUUCUGAUAUACUGCCGCUGUAGUAUCGAUAAUUAAUAGUAAAAAAAUGUCCGGUUUUGUUACGCGCGUAAAAACAAAAUUUUAUCGUUAAAAAAAAAACGAGAAAAAAAGGCGAUAUUCUUUUUAAUAGUUUUAUAAAUUUUACAAUAAUAGAGAAGAAAGCAAAACUAAUAUGUAUCUAUAUAAUUGCAGAUGCUAAAGCGCGCAGUACUUCAGAAACGAAUUUAUACUAAAACCACAGCAUUCCAGGUGAAAUUGUUGCGAUGUUGAAAAAGAAAUUGAAUAGAAAUUAUACUUUCCAAAUCGAUAUAUUACGUCCUUGUGUUGUAUAUUCAUUAGCUGAAAUAUCUAUCGAACUCGUAGCGUCGAUAAAAUAAAUUUUUAUAUGGAUGUUUGAAAAUCGUCGAAUAAUCCAUUAUAGAAAUUUUGAAUAAUUUAAACAAUUCUUUUUCAGCAAAAAUUUCAAAGUUAUAUUUUUCGAGUUGUAAAUGACUAAGAAAAGAAUUUUUGUUUGCGAAAUAAACCUCAAGUCAAAUGAAUGAUAAAAUUACAUUUCUUAAGUC